AUGGCUUCCGCACCCCAGACACCUACCUCACUACACCAGGAUCCAGCAACCAAGCCUGUCACCGUCACAGCCACGACCACUGCGGCGCCAAAAGGCAGCAAGAAACCCACCGACGCCGCCCCCAUCGCCCACCAGGAAGCUCUCACCACCAGCACUCCCCGCGCCCCCGCUGCUGCUGCUGCCCGCAACAACCACGAGAGCCGCCUGCCCACCCGCCACGUCCUUCACCGCACUUUCGACUCCUCCUUCCCAGGCUGCAACUGGGUCGCCAUCCGCCACCGCCGCACGCACCUCGCCACCCGGCGCCAGCGCAAAACAUGGUCGCCCACCAACGCCGCCGCCUUCCCCGUCUUCGCCUACGACCCCGUCCGCCCGCGGCAGCAGCUCAGCAGCACGUUGCGCCGCCGUCUCAGCAGUCCGGCUAAUUGGCCGGCCAACGUCAUCCUCACGGCGCAGCUGGUCGGCGUGCUCGAGCACGUGAAAGCGGCGUGUGCGGAAAGGGGCGAUAAGAAGGGAAAGAGGUGGUGGGAUGCGCUUUGCGCAGCGAGGUGGCCGCUGAACUUCACGAGUACGGGGAAGGCGAGGGCGGUGCAGCCAGUGGCGCCGGUGGGGUGGCCGAGGGAGGGGGUGAGGGAGGGGGAUAAGGUUGUGGAUACGGAGGAAGGAGGUAGGAUGGCGGUGGUGGGUGGUGGUUGUGAUGGAGAGGGAGAGGGCAAGGGAUCAAGGGUGGAAGUGGUGGAGUCCGAGGCGGAGGGGUCGACGAUGCACUUGGGUGAUGCGCUGCGAGAGCGCGUGGACGAGAUUUCUGUGACGGCGGACGAGGGCGGUGGUGGUGGUGCGAGGGAGACGACGGGCACCUCCGGCAAACGCCCUGCUGCGGAGGACUGGCGCAUUGAUGAUACGGCCCACAAGCGGUUUCUCUCGGACAUGCAAGGCAGCAUUAUGCGGCUGAAGAGAUCGUAUGAUGAGGCGAAGACAGAAAGCGUCCAGAUACCGCCCCACGUCCGCGACAAGGAGUUGCGCAGGCUCGCAGAUCUGGAGGCAGAGAAGAGCAAGGACGCCGCUCAUAUCCAGGAGCUUGAGGCCGAAGUCGAAAAGGAAAAAGCGCGGAAUCAGAGCCAUGCGACCAAAUUGGAAGCAUUGAUGCAGGCAGUCCGAGGUCUGGAAGCGCAGAGCAGCGACGCCAGCGAGAAGCUCGACAACCUCAAUGUACUCUUUUACAGUGCAUUCAAGCACAUGAUUUAUCUGCGCUACCAGCUCAACGGAGCCAAUGCUCAAUUAGAAGGGGCUAACAAGACCGACGCGCAGAAGACGACAAUGUUGAAGGAUCAGCAAAUCGAAAUCGAGGAACUGGAGAAGCGCGGUAAAGACCUCCUGCUCCAGACUGAACAGUACCAGGAGAACAUCGAGUGCCUCAGCCGCAGCGGCGGCACCUCGAACACGAAGAUCACUGAACUGCAGACGUCACUGGAAGAAUGGCAGUCCCGAGCACAAGAGUUGCAGACUCAAAACGAAAACGAUCGGAAGAUCCUAGAGACUCUUGAACAAGAAGCAUCAACCCAACAGAGCAAGAUUGGCGUCCUCGAAGAGACGUUGAAAGAUCAUCAGUCACGAGCGCAGAUGGUGCAGUCCGAGAACGAAAGGGAGAGUGCCAAACUCCAGGAAUCUCAGACCCAGGUUAUGGAGCUGACGGCAAAACUUGAGGUGGCCGCGAAGAGAGAGAAGAGGCUGGAGGAGAGCCUUGGAUUCGUGGCUCACACGAUGCUUGACAUGAUCGGUGGUGGCCAAAAGGACGCCAACACAGUCGGAAAUGCUCCGGGCGGACCUGCAAAUGGUGCCGAUGUGAUUGCUGAACAGGACGGAUUGAAGACGCUUUUGGAGCAGCUCUUGGCCGGACAAAAUGGCGAAUAA